CUGCCGGCUCCUGCCCGCCCCGGGCAGACACCAAAGCGUUAACCACCCGCUCGCCUCAAUUUCCUGUGCCGCUUCCCCUUUUCCUCCCCAAAGUUUGGGCAGAACCCAUGGCCGCGGCAGCAGCUCUGCUCCUGUCUGGGCAGCGAAGCCCCGUCCAGCGGCGGCUCUUGGGUGUGGAUGGCCAGGGAGGUCAGGGCUUCACUCUGCAGCAGCCCCAGGCCAAGGUGUCAGUGGCAGUGGGGGAGACGCUCACCCUGAAAUGCACCACGUCUGGAGUUGUUGGACCAGGUCCUGUGAGGUGGCUGAAAGGCUGGGGCAGUGGGAACACGACUGUCUAUGACCAGAAUAACAAGGGUCCCUUCUCCCGUGUGACGGCGGCAGCACCUGGGUCUGACACAAACUUCACCAUCCGCAUCAGGAACGUCCAGCCUGAUGAUGCUGGCACCUACUACUGUGUGAAGUUUGUCAAGGGUGCCUUUGGUGUUGAUGAGGUGUUUAAGCAUGGCAGUGGCACCGAGGUGUCCGUGCAAGAGGCAGCCCUGGUUCCUGGAAUGGUGGCUGCAGCUGUCGUGCUCUGCUUCCUCCUCGGCCUCUUCGUGGCCCUUUGCAUGUACAGGAGGAAGCGCCAAGGUGGGGUGGGCAGCCCCUGCCCAGCCAGGACAGUGGCCAUGGGCAGCCUCUCGUCUGUCCCUCUGCAGUGCUGUGCAGAGACCCCCGGCACCCCCAGUGAAGUCCUGGAUGCAGAGAGCUCCCACCUGCCCAGCCAGCCGAGCAGCAAGGAGGAGAGCAACAUCCACUACGCCGACCUGCAGCCUCUGCCCCCGGCCCCACGGCGUGGCAGGAGCCCGGGCACAGCCCCCACCGAGUAUGCCAGCCUCAGGGUAGCUGCCAAGUGACACCUGGCACUGCUGCCUGUGCAGCCAGGACGUGUCAGGGUGGAAGAAGGGAUGUUUCUGCAGGACACCCUAAAGAAGAAGUGGAGCUGUUUGCAUGGCGCACCCUGAUUGCAGCUCGGCACACCAUGCUCACCACGUUUGCAUCUCAGGGGAGCUCUCCUGGGACCUGGAAGCCUUCUCGACCACAGGAUCAGACCACGAGGCCAAGCACCUCUGCCUUGUGCAAUCUGUUUUGUGCUGAUAACACCAGGAGGACCUUACACACAGCUGUGUCCACCAGCAUGGGCUUCCACUGGCCCUUUCCUGGCCCACAGGUCCAUAAUUUGUGUUAUCUUUUCACCAGCCUCAUUAAAGCCAGCAAACAGCC